AUGGCCACCGAAUCAACCCAAUCUAACUCCAAAAAGCUCUACACCGGCAGCUGCCACUGCGGCUUCGUGAAAUACACGGUGAACGUCGACCUUGGCAAGGCAAUCCCGAGCCGCUGCAACUGCUCUAUCUGUCUAAAAAAGGGCUCGAUAGCCGUGCGAGUGGCAGAAAAUGAGGAGUUCAAACUGAUUUCCCCGGCGUCCCUGGAGGAGCUGUCUGUAUACACCUUUGGUAGGAAAAAAACAUACCACCGCUUCUGCAAGACGUGUGGGGUCUCCUGCUUCGUUGAUGGAUCAUAUGGCGAUGUUAUGUUUUUGACAGUGAAUGGGUUGACGAUUGAUACGGGUGAUGAGGGGAUUGAUUGGAGUAAGAUCCAUCUGCAGUACUGGGAUGGGAGGACUGAUGGAUGGACCAAAGGGCCGAAGAGUGAGCCGUAUCCGGAUGGGAGUUGGGUCAAGAUGAGUCACCGGAAAUUCGAAGCGCCUCGGCAUGGCUCUCUUGCCUUCCUUCCCAGGAAGCGCAGUGCCAGACACCGGGGGAAGGUUAAGAGCUUCCCCAAAGAUGACCCCAAGAAGCCUGUCCACCUCACGGCUGCCAUGGGCUACAAGGCUGGUAUGACCACUGUUGUCCGUGAUCUCGAGCGUCCUGGUGCCAAGAUGCACAAGAAGGAGAUCGUUGAGGCUGUUACCAUUGUUGAGACCCCUCCGAUGAUCGCUGUUGGUGUUGUUGGAUACAUCGAGACUCCCCGUGGUCUCCGAUCUCUCACUACCGUCUGGGCCGAACACUUGAGCGACGAGGUCAAGAGACGCUUUUACAAGAACUGGUAUAAGAGCAAGAAGAAGGCCUUCACCAAAUACGCCAAGAACCACUCUGAAAACACCGGUGCCUCCGUCUCUCGCGAACUCGAACGGAUCAAGAAAUACUGCACCGUUGUCCGUCUCCUUGCCCACACUCAAAUCCGCAAGACCCCCCUUAAGCAGAAGAAGGCCCAUCUUAUGGAAGUCCAAGUCAACGGCGGCAGCAUUGCGGACAAGGUGGACUUCGCCCACGGUCUGUUUGAGAAACCCAUCCAGAUCGACAGCGUGUUUGAGCAGGAUGAGAUGAUCGACGUUAUUGCAGUUACCAAGGGUCAUGGAUUCAAUGGCGUCACCAGCAGAUGGGGAACCAAGAAGCUUCCUCGUAAGACACACAAGGGUCUCCGAAAGGUUGCCUGUAUUGGUGCCUGGCAUCCAUCUCACGUCCAGUGGACUGUCGCUCGUGCGGGUCAAGACGGUUAUCACCACCGAACAUCGUGCAACCACAAAAUCUACCGCAUUGGUAAAGGCUCGGAUGAGGGCAAUGCCUCGACUGAAUUUGACGUCUCGAAGAAGCAGAUCACACCAAUGGGCGGUUUUGUCCGAUACGGUGAGGUCAAGAACGAUUACGUCAUGCUCAAGGGCUCCGUCCCAGGUGUCAAGAAGCGGGUUCUCACUCUGCGGAAGACACUCUACCCACAGGUGAGCCGUAAGGCGUUGGAGAAGGUCGAGUUGAAAUGGAUCGAUACCUCGUCGAAAUUCGGACACGGAGCAUUCCAGACCCCAGCAGAGAAGCGGGCGUUCAUGGGCACCCUCAAGAAGGAUCUCGUUACUGCUGCAUGA